AUGCCUCCUUCGACCUGCGAGAUCUGCCAGUCAGCUCGCGCGCAGAUCUUGCGACCGAAGAAUCACGCGCGAAUCUGCUCGACCUGCUUCAUCCAGAUGUUCGAGGACGAAGUCGCCGAAGCCGUGACCACCGCGGAUCUCUUCCAGCCGGGUGAGAAGGUCGCGAUUGGGGCAUCCGGCGGCAAGGAUAGCACUGUGCUGGCGUCGGUGCUCAAGACGUUGAACGACCGCCACCGCUGGGGACUCGACCUCAUCCUGCUCAGUGUCGACGAAGGCAUCACAGGAUACAGAGAUCACAGUCUCGAGGCCGUCAAGAGACACGCCGCCCAACAUGACUUGCCGCUCAAGAUCGUGAGUUAUGCAGAGCUCUAUGGCUGGAGCAUGGACCAGGUCGUGGCACAGGUAGGCAAGAAGGGCAACUGUACUUACUGUGGCGUCUUCAGACGACAGGCACUCGAUCGCGGCGCCGCCAUGCUGGGCGUGGGCCACGUCGUGACUGGACAUAACGCCGAUGAUGUCGCCGAGACAGUGCUGAUGAACCUGCUGCGAGGCGACCUCCCACGACUGAGCAGAGCGACGAGCAUCGUGACGAGCACACCAUCCGCCAAAGCCAUCGAGACCACGGAUGGAAGCGUGAGCUUUACGAAUGUAAAGAGAAGCAAGCCCUUGAUGUAUGCAUAUGAGAAGGAGAUUGUGCUUUAUGCGCACCACAAGAAGCUGGAUUACUUCAGCACAGAGUGUAUUUACAGUCCAGAGGCCUUUCGGGGAUCGGCACGUACUCUGAUCAAGAACCUGGAGAGAAUCAGACCGGAAAGCAUACUAGACGUUGUGCAGUCCGGCAUAGACAUGGCAAAGCUGGUCCCAGAUGCCGAUGGAAACUGCAAAGGUGCAUGCAGUAGUGGAGACGCCGCCGCCAAGGGUGCUGAGGACCAAGCUGCUGGUGGCUGCGGUACUGCACUCGGUGGCUCAAGUGGAGGCGAGAUGGCGGACAUGGAGAAGAAACUACGACAAGACGAUGAAGCCGCGGAGAAUGGCACCGAAGUCGAGAUCAAGGUCCCAGCGAAGGCAGUCACAGGCCAGGGCCACGACAGACAGAGCAGCGCUAGCCCAGGCAUACCUAUCAGGACGAAACAAGAAAAGAAGUCCAACCGCAAGCCGACCCGAGACGCUCCUCCGCUGAAGCAGAAGCUCGGCCAGUGUGAGCGUUGUGGUUAUCUGUCGUCCCAAGCGGUCUGCAAAGCCUGCAUGCUACUUGAAGGGCUCAAUAAGGCUCGACCACGCACUGAAAUAGGAGUCGCUGAAGCGGGAGGCUGA